CCGUGAUGAGUGAGCGGAGCCGAGCGUACCGUGGCUGCGCGCGCGCACACACACAGAGCAGAGAGGUGAUGACAUCACCUCCAGAAAAGCCAUGACAUCAUCUGUAAUGAUACAUCACUGCCCGCUUCUCCUACUUCUUUUGCGCAACGUCCUCACGAUCUGAAGAGACAACCCUGUAGUGGACAGAACCCUCUGUGCAGCUUUAAGGUUUGUCAGAAGAGCUGUGACAUCACAUGAUGUAACUGUGAUAAAACAUCAUGUGACGUCCUGCCAGAUGAUGCCAUCAUCAGCAUCAUGUAGGCGAUGAAGGAGGAAGAACAAAUCAUCUGUUCACACACACACACAGAAAUAAAUAUUCCCUCCUCCCCUCUCCUCUCAGCAGCAGGGGGAGGAGUCAGCAGGGUGAGGAUGCUGCCAGGUUGCCGUGGUUUCAGCCUCUUGUUUCUUGUGGUGACUAUCUUGUCGGGGAUAUGUGUGUGUGGGGCUGAAGGGUGAAUGUGUGUGCAUGUGUGUGUGUGUGUGUAUAUGUGAUUCUUACAGCUGUGAGGAUAUAUGAUCGUAGGACAGAGGAGACGAGGGGAGGAGGCAAGGAGAGGAAGAGCAGAGGUGUCAGGGAUUAUCAUCGCUGCAGUGAGUCGCCGUUUUCUCUGAGCUGCAGAUCUGUGACGACAGCAGGAAUCUUCAUCAGUUCAUUAUCGAUUCUGCACAGGGUGGAUAGAAGGAGGCAACGAGAUACCAAAGGAUAUAGUUAAGCCGACAGUGACGAAGGGAAGGCGACAGUGAAGGAGACGGUGGAGGAGGGAUGGAUGGAGUCUGAGUACUCAGUGAUCCACCGGUCUCUGCGGAGUCAUGACGUACCAGCAGGAAUCAUCUUCCUUCCGGAGGUUUUUUCAGUAUGUGGAGGAUAGUGGCCUUCGAACAUACGAUGGUUUGGUGAUUCAAAAUGCUUCAGACAUUGCUAGAGAAAGUGACCGUAUUCGUAAUCAGACCAACUGGACCUACCUGCAGGAAAAACACCAGAAGAAGAGACGGCAGGAAGAUGCAAUCAAGAGGAUUGGUGAAGAUGUUGCCAUGGUAACGGACACAUCAUACUCUGGGAAACAUUUCAGAAUGGGCUUCAUGACAAUGCCAGUGCCGCAAGACAGACUGCCCCCCGCAAGCCAGGGCUUCACGGUUCGAUCUCAGUCCCUCCACUCUGUGGGUGGAGGAGAAGACGACUCCAACCACAACCGAAAACAACCCCCGCCCAAACCGAAGAGGGACCCCAACACCAAACUGAGCAGCAGCUCUGAGAUGGUGAAUGGGGGAUCUGGAACCAUCAGGAGAGACCACCAAGAGACCAAAGAAACAGCAGAUCAAGUGGAGGCUCAGUGUCCUUACUACUCUGAAGAUUACAAGAAGCUCCCUCCACCUAAACCGAAGAGGAACCCAAACACUCAGCUCAGCACUUCCUUUGAUGAGUCCUACAUCCAUAACCAUGGCAACAAGAAGUAUUCCUCACGGCGGGAUAAAUCUUCAUCCCAGAAUCAGAGUCCAGUAUCCAGAGACAUGGAUGACGAGGAACCAGUUUAUAUUGAGAUGGUGGGAAACAUCUUACGUGAGAUGAAAGGUCAGGAAGUGGUGGAGGAUGAACAGAAUGAGUCAGUGUAUGAAGAGAUGAAGUACCCAAUGUUGGAGGACUUUCUGCAGGACACUCACUCUGCCAUCAUGGAUCCUGAAAUGUGGUCCCGUGGAUCUCUGUGUGACAUCCCUCCACCCUUCCCCAACCUCUUGACUCCUCGGCCACCAUUGCUUGUCUUCCCCCCUGCCCCUGCUCAAUGCUCCCCCAACUCUGAUGAGUCCCCCCUCACACCCUUAGAUGUUACCCGGUUGCCCAUGUUAGAAAAUGUCUCCAUUAGCAAAUCGAGUGGGGCUGAGCAUGCACAGCCCUCCACCCGCCGCCGCAAAGACAGGGAUCGGGAGCGAGACAAAGACAGAGACCACUCAAGCAACCACACCAUCACGUCCUCUGGCCGUUCAUCGGCUCCACCUCUUCCGUCCAACCUAUACAAGUCGUCUGAUUCUGCCCACGGUGGUCAUGGUUACCCCCGUAGCCAAUCAGCAUGUCCAUCUCCAGUCAGCAUGGGUCGUUCCCUUACCCCUCUGAGCCUGAAGAGGCCACCACCGUAUGACACACUGAUGGCUGGAGGAAGCAUGCCUUGCUUUUCAUCAUCAUCAUCCUCACACAAAGUGGGGGAGUCAAAACUCAGUGACUCAUCCCCCACCCACAGCUCCAUGCAGAAUGUGUCAGUGAGGUCACAGACACCAGCAAGCCCUUUGAAUGAACUCAACAGCCUGUUUACUUCAGGUAAACAGGUGGUAAAGAGAGGUUCAGGAAGCAGGAAGAGCAGGGAGGGUGAAGCAGAUUACAGGUCUCUGCCCAGACAAGACAACAAAGACAGAGACGGACGAGCUAGUCCAGGAUCCAGCAGGAUGGGGAGAUCAUCUGUUAGCCCCACCAUGAUGCUGUGUGGGGGAGGGGGAGGUGGAGAAUCAAAGGCCGUUUGUAAACUCGGCCGCUCAGCCUCGACGUCAGGGGUUCCUUCACCAGGUGGAACACCUCAACGUCACCUGCAUGAAGCGCAUCACCUCGCCCUCAGCCAGGAUUCAACUUCAUUGAAUAACAGAACAUAAAACAUUAUAGGCGGACAGAAGCUGCGAUGCACCAGCUGACUGACAACUCAACUGUAAAACCAGUCAACAUGUAAAUGAGUAAACAUGAGACAUGUAAACAAGUAAAUAUGUUUUCUUUUUACAUUGUUUAAGGACUUUUUGUAAUUGUACUUUUGUGGAAAACAUUUGCUGUUUAAAAGUAUUUUGUCUUAAAAACGAAAAUAAGUAACACUUUAUACUAACUCAACAUCGCCAUUGGAGCUAACGUCAAACUAACAUUAAACUAACACUGUGUAAGGGAUUAAAUCUCAUUUAAAUGUUUGUAUAUGGACCACACUCACAGACAAAUUCAACCCAUCAACAAUUAACAAGUAACCACAGCUCAUUACUAUUAAAGUUUUAACUACCACCUCCACCAAACUAAAGCGAGUGGGAGUGCUGACAUCAUGUUUCGAUGAGCCAAUGUUGGAUUUAAUGUCUCAAACACUAAUCUACCCAAACAACCGUUGAACAGACAAGAAGGGGGUUACAAUCCAAACCCUAACCUGUUAUAACGUCAAGAUGUUUGCAUCCAAAAUGUGAACAUUAUGGUCUUCACCACAGACAUUAUAUAACACUGAGACUGUACGGUGUAAUCUCUGGCCAGAAAAUGUGUAGCAUGUUGACUGUCCAUCAGGGGGGGACUGGUAAACGUAAGGAGUUUACGUUCUCAAUCAUAUGGAAGAGUAUUAGGGCCACAUGUUGAAAGAAAGUAAAAAAAAACCUAA